UGUUAAUCAUUUGGAUUUCUAGUUGCUGUUUUUGUAUGGUUUCUGAUAGCCUAUUUAUUCUGUCUUUUUAUUUUGUAUUUUUUUUCUUGAAUUCUUCUAUUCCUUUGACUGUGUGUUCCUUGGUUUGGUCUGUGUUUUCCCUGAUCUCUUGAAGAGCUCUGUAUAUUAGUCUUUUGAAUUCUUUAUCAGGUAGUUCCAUUGCCUUUUCUUCUUCUAGAAGAUUUUUUUGUUCUUUAUUUUGGUCGCUUGCUGGAACCAUCUUGUCCUGCUUCUUUAUGUGAUUUCAUAUUGACUAUUGCUUCCAAGGCAUCAAGAAGUUUGUAUUUAUGGUAUGUUUGUUUACUUCAUCCUGAGUUUUUGUUUUGUUUGUUUUGCUAUAUCCAAGUAGGGUGGGCCUGUGUGCUACUCUGGGCCUUAAUCUGGCCAUGUGGAAGCUCUCGCCUCCUUUCUCCAGGUGGACAGAACAGCUAAUAGGCGUGUGAGCCUAAGACUGUUUACUAUUCUUGUGGGGCUACUGAGGAUGUAGGUGGUGUUUUUGGUGAGGUGAUUUAUCUGUUAAGCUGGACACCUGGCCAUGGGUACAGCAGGUGUUCUCACUGGUUGUUGGGUUGGGUGUUGUGUGUGUGCUCCACCACUUGCUGGAUGAUCAGGGUGAAGGUUCCUGGUCGUUGGUCACCAAGUGUGUGGUGCAGAGACUCUCAUCUACAGUGCUGGGCAGGCGGGGCUGUGUGGGGGUGUUCAGAGCAGGCACAGGUUUCUGGUUGUAGUGGGGUUGAUGAGGGGGCAAGGCAGGGGGUUGUCACCUGCCCACAGAUGCCUGGAUGGAGGGUGUGCCCCUGUCCACUGGAGGGUGUAGUAGGGAGGUUUAGUGCAGCUGGUCCUUGGGCACCUGGUGACAUUGGCUGGAGGGUGUGGGGGCGCCAGUGGUUCUCAGUUCCCCAUUGUGGGCAGCUGGAUGUAGUGGGUGUUACCACCCUCCCUCAGGCUCUCAGUGUGGGUUGUUGAGGACCCUUCUUAGGGGACGGGGCAGUGUCAAAUGCCACAGAUCUGCAGCUCCCACUUGGCUGCUGCAAGUGAGAAUGGGCUUCCUCUGGGAGUCCUGCCUGCUUUGUCCUAAUGAGGGCUGGUUGUGAUGGGUCAGGCAGCAAGGCACUGGUGCAGGUGAUUGGUGAGGGUGAAGAGCUCUGAAAGUCCAUGGCUAUCCUACUCCAGAGGCUGAGCUAAGGGGCGCUGAGGAUCUAACUCAUUUUUAGGAGUUUUCCUUAGGGACAACUGAGACUCUACCAACAUCGGGGAUUGGCGAUGGAGAUCACCCAAAUAAUGGCCUGGUGAGCUGACAAGACUCAGAGUUGUGAGGAAGAAACCAGCAAGGCUAGAGAAGAUCUGCUGAAAACUCAAAAAGAACGUGAUUUUCAUCGAAUGCACCACAAGCGAAUAGUCCAGGAAAAAAACAAAUUAGUUAAUGAUCUCAAAGGAUUGAAGUUACAUUAUGCAUCUUAUGAGCCAACUAUAAGGGUGUUACAUGAGAAGCACCACACUUUACUGAAAGAGAAAAUGCUCACCUCCUUGGAAAGAGACAGAGCACUUGGGCAGGUAAAAAGACAGUCAAAGAUAUCUGGGCUUGAAGCAACAUUGCGUCACAUGGAAAUUGGGCAUAGUUACACUGCUCCUGAAAUUCGAGUUGGACACAGGUGUGAAGGAGAAAAUGUACCAGAAGGCCCUACUCAGAAAUGUCUUCGUGAAGCCAGGGAACAAAACAAAUGUAAAACAAAGAUGAAAAGCAAUACAAAGUUUUUUGAAGAGUUUUAUGUUAUGGAAGAUCUGUUCCUUGAAUGUUUUAUAGAAGUAUUCUGGAAAACUUACGGGCUGGAUUCAGAAUUUCCAGUAGUUAUACAACCAGAUCCAAGCCAGUAUUUGUGUAAAGAAAACCUUGGUCCAUCAAAAUUUGACUAUAAGCUGAAUAACAUCUUUAGGCUGCAUGAACUUCCAGUGAGCUGCAUCGCUAUGCACCCUCGCAAGGAUAUCUUGGUGUCAUGUGGCGAGGACCGCCUCUGGAAGUUGGUGGGCCUCCCAAAGGGCAUAGUGCUUCUCAUGGGAGUCAGCCACACGGACUGGAUUUCGGACUGCUGCUUCCAUCCCAGUGGAAACAAGUUGGCUACUUCAAGUGGAGACACUACGGUUAAAUUGUGGGACCUCCGUAAAGGUGAUUGCAUUUUGACCUUCGAAGGACACAACCAUGCAGUAUGGUCCUGCACGUGGCACUCCUGUGGUGAUUUUGUGGCUUCUUCCUCACUGGAUAAAACUAGUAAAAUCUGGGAUGUUAAUAGUGAAAGAUGCAGAUGUACCUUGUAUGGACAUACGGAUUCCGUGAACAGCAUUGAGUUUUUUCCAUUCUCCAAUACUCUUCUCACAGCUUCUGCAGACAAGUCCCUGUCUAUAUGGGAUGCAAGAACAGGUAAAUGUGAGCAUUCACUUUACGGUCACAUGCAUUCUAUCAAUGAUGCCACCUUCACUCCUCGGGGUCACAUAAUCGCAUCCUGUGAUGCCUGUGGGGUUAUAAAACUAUGGGAUUUUCGAAAGCUCUUACCAGUUGUGUCCAUUGAUAUAGGUCCAAGUCCUGGAAAUGAGGUGAAUUUUGAUUCAACAGGUAAGAUCCUUUUUGUUUAACAUUUGUGACCAAGCUAACAACUUAAAAAUUGGUCCUGAAACUAUUUUCUGUUUCCACUGAAAUAUUUUGGUAUUUCCUCCUAUAUGAAUUUCUAUUCUGAAUAUUAUAUUACGAUAUAUUACAUUACGUUUUAUUAUAUAUCACUUGGUGUCAUGUCAUGAAAGAAUUAUAUAUAUAUCAUACAUUUAAAGAAAGAAAUAAUGAGAGAAAUAAUUACAUGCUAAUAUAGGUAACACAGGCUCCCUAGCAGGGCCUUGCAGAGCCUUGGAACUCACAUCUCUUUGAAUUAUCAUCCCAGGUAAGUUAGUUGGGUUUCCCGAAGGUAAAAUACCUGACAGUGCAUAAUAGAAAGAAAAAUUUGGCAAAAAGUGAACUUGGAACAUUAUUUUUAAUGGAAUAUUUUAGUCUUAUAAUAAUUUAAUAAAUUACCCCGUAUUUUCUAGGUUUUUAAAUUUAUUUGAAAUAUGUAUUCGUCUUACUGUUCCAAUGAUCUGCUCUGCAUACUUUAUUAUUUGGUUGUGUUUAGCAUUUUAUCUGCAAUGAUCUUAACAUUAUAAAUUGGAUGAAAUAUUUUAUCCAUGCUGAUGAUUAAUAAUGUAGUGACUGAUAUUAAUGACCACACAAUGAUUCCAACUCCAUUUAGAAAAUUAAAAAGACAGUUCUAUCUGUAUCUAUAAUGAUAGCCUUUGAUUUAUAAAGAAUGUGUACCUGUUAUUGGAUAAUGUAACCUUUUUUUUACAAGUGUGUUACAUGUUUUAACCUGUUUAAAUUUUUGAGAAUUUAAAAAAUUUUUGAGCUAUUAUUGGUAGAAAAAAGGCAUGGGAGUGACAAAUCAAUUUUAGAUGAGAGAAUAAAUUAUAUAUGUGUAUAUAUAUAUAUGAAAUAAGUAUAUUUCAUUUAAAAAUAAAACCAAACCGGUUGCCGUUGAGCAGUUAAGAUCUCCGGCUGCUAACCAAAAGGUCGGCAGUUGAAAUCCACCAGCUGCUCCAUGGAAACCCUGUGGGGCAGCUCUACUCUGUCCUAUAAGAUUGCUGUGAGUCGGAAUCGAUUGGAAGGCAACAGGCUUAUUUAGACAUAGUCCAUAUUAGUUCUUCAGUUCAAAAAGUAUGAGCAUACUGGGAGCAAUUCUAGAGUUUGUAUUCUUAGCAAAAUUUAUCUUCUUAACAAACUUUAGAUUGUGUUUCCAUUACAGAUCAGUAUAUGAACUACACUAAUAAUGGGAUUUUUAAAAAACGUUUUCAGUAAUGUUCUUAUCAUUAAGGCGUUUGUGGUCUGCCAGAAGUCAAUAAGAAAACACUGUACAGAAUAAAACAUUCCAACUAUGAGAAUUUCAUGUAAUAGUGUGAGAGCCUAUUACCUAAUAUUUCGAUUUAUCAUUUCUGAUAUAAAAAAUCUGCAUGAACAUUAUAGUUCUAAGGAGUCUUAACACGGUUUCAAUAAAUUUGCUCACAUCUUUAAAUCCCUUUUUAUUAUCUUAAGCUAGCAUUCAAGUAUCUAUUUCCUUGAAUUUUGAACUCAAAUCUUAGCACUUCUGGCUGUGCUUUCUAAUAGUAGAAGUUAAACUUAUAUAAGUUGUACAGUCUUUCAAAACAGCUUUCAACUUCUAUUAUAUUAACUUCUAAUACUCACUGUGAAUAUUAAAUAUGAUGUCACUUCCUGUUUACUGCCCUUAUUACCAUCCCAAAAUUUCUUUUCUGUGUGUAGUCAGGCAAAUAUGAUAUUAAAAAAUGUGAUGCCUUGGAAUUAUGGUGUUAGCAAAAAAUAUUGAAUAUACCAUAGACUGCCAGAAGAAUGAACAAAUCUAACUUGGAAGAAGUACAACCAGAAUGCUCCUUAGAAGCAAGGAAGGCGAGACUUCGUCUCAUGUACUUUGGACAUGUUAUCAGGAGGGACCAGCCCCUGGAGAAGGACAUCAUGCUUGGUAAAGCAGAGGAUCAGCAAAAAAGAGGAAGACCCUCAAUGAGGUGGAUUGACGCAGUGGCUGCAAUGCAUUGAGCUCAAGCAUAACAACGAUCAUGAGGAUGGCACAGGACCGGGCAGUGUCUCCUUCUGUUGUACGCAGGGUCACUGUGAGUCAGAACUGACUCGAUGACACCUAACGAAAACAACAACGUCUUAAUCUUACGAAAAUUGAUAUUAUCUUAAAGUCUUUGGUACAACGAAUCUAUUUUCUCUCUCUCAAUGACUGCUAUAUUCUUUGUAAUACAUUAAUAUUUUUUUUAAUGUGAGAAUCAAGGGCAUAACAAUGAGAAACAUAAAAUACAUAGAGUAUAAACCAGAGUCACAGUUAAAGAAAAUACUUUAUCAGUCUGAGGGGAUGUAAUUUCACCUGACUUGCCCAUCCCUAUGACCACGUCUUCAUAAUUAAUUUUAUUUCUACCUGUUUGAGAAACUAAUGUCAUAAAUGCUUCCUCAUUGAAUAAUGAGAAAUGUCUGCUGCUUUUUACUUAAAAGUUUGAAAUAUAUGAGAAGUUGAAGGAACCAGAGAGAGCAAACACAAUGAGCAGAGGGGUUAAAAUCACAACGUAAAGUACUGGAGUGUAUGUUUAUUUUAAGAGAGUUAUGAAGAAGAGUGCAAGUCAAGAGCAAAACAAAAUCGCAACAAGGAUAAACCAAAAAAAACAAACCUGUAGCCAUCGAGUUGAUUCCGACUCACAGCGACCAUAUAGGAGAGAGCUGAACUGCCCCAUAGGGUUUCCAAGGAGCUCUGGUGGAUUUGAACUGCCAGCCUUUUGGUUAGCAGCCGAACUCCUAACCACCAAGCCACCAGGGUUUCCACAACAAGGAUAGGGACACAUAAAUCUCCUCUAAUCUGCAUAUAUUAAGGAAAAUAUUAUUUGAAAGAGAAAUAUAACAAAAUUAUAUGAUGAAAAUAUUUCAAAUGAGUAUAAAAUCUAAUUUAGCCAGCUGAUUUUGGCAAAUCAAGAUAAGCCUGUAUGAUAUAAUCAUUUUCUUAAAAAAGCAAUAGUAUAUUGACAGUAAUAAUGAAAAAUAGUGUAUUGAACAGUAGCAUAUUGACAAUACUGACAAAUAACAAAAUAAUGUACUAAACCCCCCAAAAGACCCAAACCCAUUUCUGUCAAGUCGAUUUCAACUCGUAGCAACCCUAUAGAAAAGAGUAGAACUGCCCUAUAGGGUUUCCAAGGAAACAGGUUUUAGAUUUGAACUGCCGAGCUUUAUGGUUAGUAGCUGAGCUCGUAACCGCUACACAACCCGGGCUCAAAAUAAUGCACUAGGUGUAUAUAAUUGCGCAAUUUUAUUUUGUCACAGAAUUUCAACAGGGACACACUAUUUGACACACAUUAACUAAUGUGGGCCCUUUGUGCAGUUAUAUAUAGCUAGUGCAUUACUUAGUUAUUGGUCACAACUUAACUAAGCGAGUCAAGGCUCUGGUCUGCUGUCUCAGUCAUACUCUCGGAACUGAGGAAAAGUCAUUGAAACAUAUGCAUCAUGUCAUCAUGAUAUCUUAUAAUACAUGUGGAAGUUUUGAUAGCAUCCUGUCUAAAAUAUUUAACACAAAAAAAUAUGAAGAGUUGUUAAAUACUCUAAGGGAUCUUAGAAACAAAAUUUCUUUCUAAUCAUAUUUCAUGUCUCUGAAUCAGUUUAAUUAAAGAACAUCUUGAAAUUAUGAGGUGUGCUAUUUAAAAAAAAAAAAACACUUUCCAUAUGCAACAGCUUGUCUUCAUAAAUAAGGAAUCUCUUGUCACUGCAAAUCCAACACUAUAAAAGUAAAUUGGAAGUAGAGUCCAUUAGAAGGCUGAAACUAUUGUUUAUGACAUUUGAUUUUAAUUUUUAUAAAUAUCAGAAUCGCCUCACUGUUUAUCACCUUCAUAAGUAUUUUCUAUCUGAAUUUAUAAAAAAAAAUACACUAAUGAAAUUGUGCUUUUCUUUAAAAAUUGAGUUUCUUCCUAGAGUCUCAUCUUUAAAAGGCACCUUUGAUAGAAAUAUUUGAAAGCUGGGGUGUACAAAAGGAUAAUAGACUGUAUGUAGACCCUUAGCUUUAAUUAUAUUUUAACCACCUUUGAGACUUUUUUUUUUUUUUUGAGACUUUAGGCAAAUUACUUAAACUCUUUGAAAUAAAUUUCCACAUAGAAAUAACGGAAGGGACAUUUGUCUUGCAUUUGUUAUAAUGUGGAUUUAGUGGGAUAAUACAUAUAACGAGAAACUAAGUCCUCUACCAUAUUUUUUCCUAGAGCUGGAAGGGAAGGGUCUUAGAGGUCAUGUCAUUCAUUCUAGGGAUGAGAAAAAUAAGUCAACAUAUUGGUAAGAAAGUAAGAUGCUCAAGGGUAUAUAUUAAUUUAGGAGGUUUCUAGUGAAAGCAUAAAUCCUACAAGAAACAAAGGUGAAAACCUCAGCUUUAUAUAAAAUUAAGCAUAAGUUAGGGAUUUAACUGAUAAUUAAAUUUAUACAUAAUUUGUACAUAUAGCAUUAUAUAUUCAUACAUACUUAAAAUCAAAAUAUUUAAAGAUAUAUGAAACACCACCUGGAGUUUAGCUUUCCUGUUGCUGUAAGAAAUCAGCCUCUCACACGUUUAAAAGAGAAGUUACAUGUGACGUAGCGUUAUUUACACAAUGUUUUAUUCGCAAAUACAUCGCUUGUGACAAACACAGAUUAUCUGUGUUUAUAGAUAUAUGUGUAUAUUAGUAUGUAUUUAUAGCCCAUGUAUUUGUAAAGGGAUAAGUGUUUCUUUUUCAUUAAACAGAGAGCCUCUUUGUAAUAUAAUGCUAUAAAUUUUUCAAAUAUUCACUAUCUAAAUAAUAUCUCUCUUGGCAUACUCAAAAUGCCAUAUGUUUUACCAUUCAAAAAUUUAUUUCUAUUUCAGAAAAUGUUAAAUGGAAUUGCAUGGUGAAAGUAAUAAAAAUGAACUGUGAGAAUUUAUACUUACAUUUUUCUGCAUCUCCCAUUUCAUCGUUUUUAUGUAGUUUAGCAAUCUUUUUCCCUCCUUCCUAAAAGGUAAUUCGAGUGAGUCAUUUGCAAAGAAGUCACAUCCCUAGAAAAUGCAGAAGCUGAAGGUUAAGCCAGAUGGAGACUUUCCAGUAGAAAGCUUAUCGGUAUCAGAUCAUCUAAAUGGACAAAGUUUCUGCCACUUGGAGAACACCCAAAAUAUUCUCCACGGGCAAAGCCACAAUAGAAAUGCUAAAAUGGGAGAAAAAAAAAUGACCUCAUUGAAAAAUAUGAAAAGUACCAGACUCAAAAAUAUUUUUGGGGAACAUAACCAGAUAACCCCAAAUUCUAUUGUUCAUAUUUGAUGUAUCAGUGGCUAUUAGUAAAGGCUAUUGUUCAUUGUUUUGUAUUUAGCGGAAGAUUGCAGUUAAUUCCCUCUGAUGGAAGCAGUGUACUGCAAAAGAGCACUGGUUGGUUGUUGGUAGGAUACUGGAGAAAGGAACUGGGGGAGUUAAAGGAAAUCAUGUUAUGUAGCUCCUUUGGAGACUCAAGUCCAUAAUUAAUAUUAGUAUUUAGUAUGAGGUAUACUGUGCUCCAGGAGCUGAGCAAGGUGCUUUCUCUUUUAAUCAUCACUGCACUAUGAGUUGAGUACCAUUUCUCCCAUUUAAAGAUGUUUGAGAGCUUUAAUUACAUAGGCAUAUUAAUAAAUACACAUGUUGUUACACUUUGGUGAAAACCUGAACCAGAUUUUUGUUUUUAUUUUUAGUCAUUAGCUCUAGGAAAUUAUUUAAAAAAAAAAUUGGAGAUUCAUAGGGACUGGUUUUAUGCUUUAUCUGUAAAAUAAACUAUUUUCUCCUUGGUUUUACAUUAUCAUCUCUGUGCCAAAAGCAAUUUUAUUUACUUGCCACCAAGUAUGGGAAAUAACAUGCUAAUAAUAGUGGGGACACCUUGAAAAUUUUGAUCAAAGACAUAUUAACCAAAAAUAUAUUAAUUCAGGGCUGACGUUCAUAGUUAUGGAGCCCUGUGGCAUAGUGGUUAAGAGCUUGGCUGCUAAUCACAACCUUGGCAGUUUGAAUUCACCCACUGCUCCUGUCCCAUAGGGUCGCUAUGAAUCAGAAUCAGCUGGACAGCAGUGGGUUUACAGAUUUCAUGAAGACAGCAAAACUGCCCCAUAGGGUUUCCAAAGAGCGGCGGGUGGAUUCAAAUUGCCCACCAUUUUAAUAUCCACAAUACCCAAAAAUCUCUCAUCUGAGUCUGGAUUCAAUUUGUAGGAACAGCUAGAAACUAUUCACAUCUCAUGAAUUAGUUAAGGACAUUUGAGUCAAGCACAAGGUGAAGCUUCAAGAAGAAAUAUCAUUAUUUUUCUAUGAUUUGUAAUACAGAUUUGGGCAGGACAUUUAACCUCUGUUGAGCUCAACUUUAUCAUCUAUAAAAUUAGAGAUUUGGAGUGACUCCAUCAAUUGGGUUUACAACCUAAGUAUCACACAAUUGAAUAGUGAAUUUUUCCUGAGUUCAAUAUAGGAUAUGGUAUCCUGAGACAAAAGUAAAAUUCUAAAAUAAAACUCAAAUGCUCUUGUAUAGUAUUAAAAUUUGAAAACAAAACAUCACAAUAUAAGUAAAACAUUACACUUAGCCUUGAUUCAAA